AUGGAGGCGCCGCGGCGGGAGGAGAAGCCCAACCCCCUGCGGGCUGCCAACUUCUGCUCCCGGCUCUUCUUCUGGUGGUUGAAUCCUUUAUUUGUUACUGGUCACAAACGAAAGCUUGAAGAAGAUGAUAUGUAUAAAGUGCUGGCUGAAGAUUCAUCGGAGAGGGUUGGAGAGGAGUUGCAAUGGUACUGGGAUAAAGAGGUGCAAAAAGCUAAAAAAGAAGCAAGAACGCCACAUUUAACAAAAGCAAUCCUACUUUGUUAUUGGAAAUCCUAUUUAGCUUUGGGAUUUUUCACAUUGAUUGAGGAAACACUCAAAGUAAUUCAACCAGUCUUUUUGGGAAAAAUUAUUAAUUAUUUUGAAAUUUUUGAUCCUCUUGAUACUGCUGCUUUGAAUUUUGCCUAUGGCUAUGCAGCUGCUUUGUCUGUAUGUACACUGAUUUUAGCCAUAACACACCACUUAUACUUUUAUCAUGUACAACGGGCUGGCAUGAAAUUGAGAGUAGCGAUAUGUCACAUGAUUUAUCGGAAGGCACUUCGUCUCAGUAACACAGCUUUGGGAAAAACUACCACAGGUCAAAUAGUAAAUCUUUUAUCAAAUGAUGUGAACAAAUUUGAUCAGGUAACAAUUUUCUUACACUUUUUAUGGGCUGGACCACUUCAAGCUAUAGCAGUAACUGCACUUCUCUGGAUUGAAAUAGGCCCAUCAUGCUUUGCAGGAAUGGCAAUUCUGAUUAUUCUACUUCCUUUACAAACCUGUAUUGGGAGGUUGUUUUCUUCACUAAGGAGUAGAACUGCAGCCUUGACAGAUGUCAGGAUUAGAACAAUGAAUGAAGUCAUAACUGGUAUGAGGAUAAUAAAGAUGUAUGCCUGGGAAAAAUCAUUUUCAGAACUAGUUAGCAAUAUAAGAAGGAAGGAGAUUUCCAUGGUUCUUAAAAGCUCCUAUCUUCGAGGAUUGAACUUGGCAUCGUUCUUUGUUGCAAGCAAAAUAACAGUUUUUAUGACUUUCAUGACAUAUGUACUACUUGGCAAUGUUAUUUCUGCAAGUCGGGUGUUUGUGGCAGUUUCACUGUAUGGUGCAGUGAGACUGACUGUCACUCUCUUCUUCCCUGCGGCUGUUGAGAGAGCAUCUGAGGCAAUGAUCAGCAUACGACGAAUCAAGAACUUUCUAAUACUUGAUGAGAUUUCACAGUUCAAUCUGCAAUUGGAGAAUAGCAAUGAAAAUGUCCUUCUUCAUGUUCAAGACUUGACUUGUUAUUGGGAUAAGAGUUUGGAAAUCCCAACCCUUCAGCAACUUUCUUUUACUGUCAGACCAGGUGAAUUAUUGGCUGUGAUUGGCCCUGUAGGAGCUGGGAAAUCAUCUCUCUUAAGUGCUGUCCUCGGCGAACUGCCUAAAGAUAAAGGUUUGAUGGAUGUUAGAGGAAGAAUAGCCUAUGUUUCUCAACAGCCAUGGGUAUUUCCUGGCACCGUGAGAAGUAAUAUACUAUUUGGUAGAGAAUAUGAGAAAGAAAAGUAUGAAAAAGUUCUAAAAGUUUGUGCUCUUAAAAAAGACAUGGAUUUGUUAGAAGAUGGUGACCUAACUGUGAUAGGAGAUCGUGGCGCUACACUGAGUGGCGGUCAGAAAGCCCGUGUAAAUCUUGCCAGAGCAGUGUAUCAAGAUGCAGACAUCUACCUCUUGGAUGAUCCACUGAGUGCAGUAGAUGCAGAAGUUAGCAGACACUUGUUUGAAAAGUGUAUUUAUCAGGCCUUGCACCAAAAGGUCUCUAUUUUAGUGACUCAUCAGUUGCAGUACCUCCAUGCUGUAAACCAGAUUUUGAUUUUAAAAGAGGGUAAAAUGGUGGGGAAAGGGACCUAUUCAGAGUGCCUGAGUUCUGGAAUCGAUUUUGCUUCCCUUUUGAAAAAAAAUGAAGAGGUUGAACAGUCACCAAUUCCUGGAAUCCCCACUAUGAAGUCAGCAAGGAACCGUACCUUUUCACAGUCCUCUGUCUGGUCACAAGAUUCCUUGGUGCAGUCACAGAAAGAUGGAACAGUAGAACAGCCACCUACUGAACCUUUGGUGACUGCACUGCCAGAAGAGAGCCGGUCUGAGGGAAAAAUAAACUUCAAGAUGUACAGGAAAUAUUUUGCUGCUGGAGCAAACUACUUUGUAAUUUUUAUACUUUUACUUCUAAAUAUUUUGGCACAGGUUGCUUAUGUGCUUCAGGAUUGGUGGCUUUCAUACUGGUCAAACCAGCAAGAAAAGCUGAAUGUCACAGCACAUGGAAAUAGUGGAAUAAAUGAGACUAGACAUCUAGAUCUUAGCUUCUAUUUAGGAAUUUAUGCAGGAUUGACGGUGGCUACCGUACUGUUUGGCAUAGUGAGAAGUCUGUUGGUAUUCACAGUUCUUGUGAAUGCUGGUCAAACUUUGCACAACAAAAUGUUUCAAUCACUUUUGAAAGCUCCAGUGUUGUUCUUUGACAGAAACCCUAUAGGGAGAAUCUUAAAUCGUUUCUCCAAAGAUAUUGGCCAUCUGGAUGAUUUGCUUCCACUGACAAUUUUGGACUUCAUACAGACUCUCCUACAGAUUUUUGGCGUGGUAGCUGUGGCUGUGGCAGUGAUUCCUUGGAUACUCAUCCCUUUAGUUCCACUUUGUAUUCUUUUCAUUUUUCUUCGACGGUAUUUCUUAGACACAGCGAGAGAUAUUAAACGUCUGGAGUCCACAACUCGAAGUCCAGUGUUCUCCCACUUGUCAACAUCUCUCCAGGGACUUUGGACAAUUCGUGCUUUCAAAGCAGAGCAAAGAUUCCAAGAAUUAUUUGAUGCUCACCAAGAUCUUCACUCAGAGGCUUGGUUUCUGUUUUUGACUACCUCCCGAUGGUUUGCUGUGCGGCUGGAUGCCAUCUGUGCCAUCUUUGUUAUAGUGGUUGCCUUUGGUUCCCUGCUUCUCGCAAAGACUCUGGAUGCAGGACAGGUUGGCUUGGCAUUGUCCUAUGCAAUCACGCUCAUGGGAAUGUUCCAGUGGGGAGUUAGGCAAAGUGCUGAAGCUGAAAAUCUGAUGAUCUCAGUAGAAAGAGUAAUGGAAUACACAGAACUUGAAAAGGAAGCUCCUUGGGAGUCCAACAAACGUCCACCAGCUGAAUGGCCAAGCCAAGGAGUGAUAGCUUUUGAAAAUGUUAACUUCACUUACAGCUUAGAUGGACCCUUGGUGUUGAGGCACUUGUCUGUUCUAAUUAAAUCAAAAGAAAAGGUUGGAAUUGUGGGACGAACAGGAGCUGGGAAGAGCUCUUUGAUAGCAGCCCUCUUUCGGUUGGCUGAACCCAAAGGACGAAUUUGGAUUGAUAAGUACUUAACAUCAGAACUGGGACUUCAUGACUUGCGGAAGAAAAUUUCAAUCAUACCUCAGGAGCCCGUUCUGUUCACUGGAACUAUGAGAAAAAACUUAGAUCCUUUCAAUGAAUACACUGAUGAAGAGCUGUGGAAUGUCUUGGAAGAGGUGCAACUGAAGGAGGCUGUGGAAGAACUUCCUGAUAAAAUGGAGACACAGUUGGCAGAAUCUGGAUCUAAUUUUAGCGUUGGUCAGAGACAGCUUGUGUGCCUUGCCAGGGCAAUUCUCAAAAAAAAUCAAAUUCUGAUUAUUGACGAAGCAACAGCAAAUGUGGACGCAAGAACGGAUGAGUUGAUUCAAAAGACAAUCCGUGAAAAGUUUGCCCAGUGCACUGUGCUGACCAUUGCACACAGGUUGAACACCAUUAUCGACAGUGACAAGAUUAUGGUUUUAGAUGCUGGAAGACUAAAAGAAUAUAAUGAGCCAUACAUUUUGCUACAAGAAAAAGAGAGCCUGUUCUACAAGAUGGUGCAACAAGUGGGCAAGGCUGAAGCUGCUGCUCUGAUUGAAACAGCAAAACAGGUCUACUUCAGUAAAAAUUACCCAGAAGUUAUUCAGAAUGGUCAAGUUGUCACAGAUUCUUCAAUAGAUGCUGCCUCAGGAUUAAUCUUAUGUGAAACUGCCCUGUGAUCCAGCGUAGACGUGAUUGCUUUCUAUGGAAUGCAAACCGGAAACCAUCUAAACUGGAUGACUGACAGUGUUUAGAGUGGAGCUUUUUGCACUAGACAACAAUCAUAUUUAAUAUUAAGAAAAAUGUUUCAUCUAGCUCUUUCUUUAAUUUUAAAUACAUUUCCAUUGCUAAAGGAAUUAGGCAAAUCUAGGGUUUUUUUUUUAAAGUUACAUUGCAGAGACUUUCAUAUUUAAAUCACAGAUGCAGGGCAUUUAACAAUUCCAGGGUGCAGUUUUAGAGGUUAUUAGAAAACCUGGAGUUUCUCUAUUUUCCCAUUUGGAAAGAAUGUAAAAUCAAUUUGUUUAGUGUCACUUUAAAAUUUGUCUUACAGCAGUUUUGAUAAUAUAACACGCCAUUUUCUAAUGCAGUACUUAUUAUAUACUCCAUCUUUUUAAAGCAGUUUUACAAACUGGCAGAAACAAAAAUAUAUUUUUAUAGAGAUAAGUUCACAUAUUGCUGUAAAUAUAAAUUUUAAAAUUAAAAUGUAAUACAGGUAUGGUGUGUAGAAAUUAACGUAAAAAUUUCGGUUUUCCUUUGCUGAGAUCCAAAUGCUGAAAAUCAAUAUCUACUGUAUCUUAGAAUGGUUGCAUUUUGCUUAUAUUUUGCACUGCACCAAUAUUUAAAUAAUUUAAUAUACAUUCCUCUUUUUAUCCAGCUAAUCAAAGAAAAAAGUAUUAAAUUUACUAGAGGAAAUACUUAUUGAAAGACUUGUCAUCAGUAAACACUAUGUAGUGGAAAGUUAUCUUCUGCAAAACACAUUGUGAAAUGUAUACAUUAUUUGCAUUUAUUGUGCCUUAAUACAAUUCAAGCCAAAUCUCCACCUGCAGAGUACACAGCAAAUUCAUUAAAUAUACUUUUUUAUUUUACUGUUUUAAAUUAAUGCAUUUAAAAAAUUUGCAUCAGGAAUUCUGUUUAAAUGAAGCUUUAUGAAGUUGCCAUUUCAGCUCUCAUGGAUAGAAAAGUAUCACUUGUAAUUUUGACAGGUUUCAGAGUGGUAGCGGUGUUAGUCUGUAUCAGCAAAAAUAACGAGGAGUCCUUGUGGCACCUUAGAGACUAACAAAUUUAUUUGGGCAUAACCUUUCGUGGGCUAAAAC